AUGGCCGCUCCAAUGUCAACUAUGCGGCCAUUGGGUUGCUGGAAUUUGGUCCGCCGCGGAUUGAAAGGCCACGAGCUUGGUCGACGGUUGCUUUAUACAAUUUACUCUCCACCCAAGGACAAACUGCCAUUUCCUAAGGACCUACCACAGCAGUUCAUGCGCCAGAUCCCAAACAUCCAUAGGCCUGACAGAGUGGUCGGAAGGAAGAUAAAAGUGCCCCCACCCCCACCAAGCAAAUGCAAGACAACAAAGGACCCCGUCGCUGCGUUCACGGCGGAUCAGCUUGCUAUCUAUGACCCGACCGGUGAGAGAAAAGCCAUGUUCGAUAAACGGAAUCCCCAUUGCGUCAGAGUCGGAGAUGUUCUGCGAGUUACAUUCAAGUCCGGAGACCCUUUCGCGGGCGUAUGCCUGAAUAUUCGAUCUAGAGGACUCGACACGUCGUUCUUGCUGAGGAAUAAAUUGACGAGGAUUGGAUGUGAGAUGUGGAUUAAAGUUUUCAGCCCGCUUGUUCAGGCCGUUGAGAUUGUACAACGGACGGAGAAGAGGAAGAGACGUGCUAGAUUGACCUAUAUGAGGAAACCGAAACAUGAUAUGGGCAGCGUUGAGGGCAUUGUUCGUCAGUAUAUGAGAAAUCGAUCACAACAGCAAGGAACAUCUGUAUGA